CCAACAUACUGUAAAAAUUAGAAGAUAUGUGAUGUGACAGUUUUCAAAGCAGUUUUUCAAUUUUCUAAAACUUUAUCAAAGAAAAAAAAGAAGGUUCUAUUUUAAUGGAUGUUGUGUCGAUCAUUAUGCUAACAUAUUAGUACUAUAUCGUCAGUAGCAUGUCGGUCGCCCAGUUUUUAGCUGGUUUGCCUUCAUACAAUGAAAACAAUUUCUCCAAAUUUCAUGUCGAUGGCAACAACAGAUUGUCAUCCAAGAGGCCAUCAGUUUAUAUACCCACAAAAGAUUAUCCCCCCCAGCAAAUAAUUGUUACAGAAAAGACCAGUAUUCUGUUGAAAUAUAUGCAGCAACAUUGGGACAAAAAGAAUGCCACAAAGAAGCGAGAGGUAACUCCAACAGAAGAACCAGCGCGCAAACGAUUGAGGCUGGAUGGGGACCAUAGUUAAGAGGACAAGACUGUUGUUUUUUUUUAUAGGAAAGCAGUUUACACAUUUUUUUCUGUGAGCCUACAUUCCAUCACAUUUAAGCAGAAUUGUUUAAAUUGGCCAAACUGUUGAAAUUUUAGCUUUGCCUUCCUUUCGUAUAUUACUAUGAAGUAACUUCAUCAAAAUUGUGUAAAUUUGCUUAGACUGUUAUAAUAGACAUUGAGUUUUUCAACUGGUUGACUUUUGUUGUGUAUUUGACUUUUGAUAGUUUUGGUUUGUGUAUUACGAAUAAUUACACUAUAGCAAACUAAUUUCUUGAUUUAAAUAUCCAUUUCCACUUCCAUGGCAGUAUUUGUAAGAUUUUGGUUGUAUGUAUAAGCCCUAAUGAAUAAAUUUGUACA